GAUGACUUGAAAAGGUUGUUGUUGACUCAAGAAAGCGUUAAAUUAUUGCCAUUCUCACAACUUUAUCAUGUUGUGCUACUCUACUUGGAGCUGCCAAUCCAGUUUAACUUACUUUUUAUAUAAGCCGUAACAGUUAUGCUAUUCACACCAAAUAAAUAGACCAACUUUUUGUGUUUAGACUUUUAGAUUCAUUUGUGUAAGAACCUUAAUCUGCUUGAGUUUCUCGAUAUGGAAGGUGCCGUACCUGUACGACUUGUUGGCUCCGAGAUUCAUGGUUUUCAUACCAUGGCAGACUUAGAUAUUGGUAACGUGAUGGAGGAAGCUAAGUCAAGAUGGCUCCGACCAAAUGAGAUUCAUGCAAUACUUUGUAAUCACAAGCAUUUCACCAUCUACGUUAGGCCAGUAAAUUUACCACCAGCUGGCAUGAUGGUGUUGUUUGACCGAAAGAUGCUGAGGAACUUCCGAAAAGAUGGACAUAAUUGGAAGAAGAAAAAAGAUGGGAAGACAGUUAAAGAAGCUCAUGAACACUUGAAAGUUGGCAAUGAUGAGAGAAUUCAUGUAUACUAUGCACAUGGCGAGGAUAACCCGACUUUUGUUCGCAGAUGCUAUUGGCUACUUGAUAAAAAAUUGGAACACAUUGUCCUAGUGCACUAUCGCGACACUCAUGAGUCACAGGGUUCACCAGCCGCACCAAUACCUUCCAACUCUUGCUCAAUCCUUUCUGAACCACCUGCUUCUCGGAUUUUAUCAGAAGAAUCUAAUUCUGUGGUUAAUGAAAUAUACUAUACAAGCGAGAAAGCAUAUUUAGAACCAACUGAGACCAUCCAAGAUCAUGAAACCAGACUUCACGAGAUUAAUACACUUGAUUGGGAAGAACUUGUGGUGCCAGAAGAUCCCAACAAGUUAAAUGCACCUGAAACUGGAAUAUUAUCACACUUUGAGCAACAGAAUCCAUAUGAAAUGAAUUUCCAUAGAAAUAAUAGCAACCUUCUAUCAACCAAUAUAUAUUCUGCAGAACACAAUUCAUUAGAAAAAUUUUCUGAUCUAGUUGUUGGGAGUAACUUGGAUCAUUCCAAUACUUUAAGCAAUGUUUACUCUGAUAUUGUGGAUGGCCAAAUCAAUUCAGAUUUGCAGAAAAAUGGUCAUAAAGCACUGAAUGCAGUUUGUGGUGACUCCUUGGACACCAUAAGCAGAAACGGAUUCCAAACUCAAGACAGCUUUGGAAGAUGGAUGAACUGCGUCAUUACUGAUUCUCCAGAUUCAGCGUUCACAGGUGAUCGAAAUCUAGAAUCUUCUAUUUCAAACGGUCAGGAAACAUCUGCGUUGGGGGAUCAACAGCAGUCAUCAUUCUCAGAGCAAAUAUUCAGUAUAACAGAUGUUUCUCCUGCAUCCGCUCUUACAACUGAAGAAACAAAGAUUCUAGUUGUGGGAUAUUUUCAUCAAGCGCAAUCCCCAUUUGAGAAGUGCAACUUAUUUUGUGUAUGUGGAGAUGAAUGCGUUACUGCAGAACUUGUUCAGCCUGGAGUGUACCGUUCCUUUGUUUCACCACACGAGCCUGGAGUAUUUGAUCUCUAUUUGAGCUUUGAUGGCCAGAAUCCUAUUAGUCAAGUUGUAACCUUUGAGUAUAAAUCCCCUCCAACGGAAAAGUUGGUCAAUCAGUCAGAUGAUGAAUCUAAGUGGAAGGAAUUUCGGUAUCAAAUGAGGCUUGCUCAUUUACUCUUCUCUACGUCAAGGAGAUCUAACACAUUGUCCACGAAGCUAUCCCCAAAUGCCCUCAAAGAGGCCAAGUUCUUUGCUCAGAAAGCAUCUCAAAUUGGCAGUAACUGGACAUCUUUUUUGAAGUGUAUAAAGGAGAAUAAAUUAUCAUUCCCACAAGCAAAAGACAACUUGUUUGAGCUCACUUUACAGAAUAGAUUACAGGAGUGGCUGUUAGAAAGAGUUGUAGAAAGGUGUAAAGCCACUGAUUAUGAUGAUCAAGGCCAAGGAGUAAUUCACCUUUGUGCUAUACUGGGUUAUAAAUGGGCCGUACCUCAAUUUGUGCUAUCGGGUUUAUCAUUAGAUUAUCGGGACAAAUUUGGGUGGACAGCUCUUCAUUGGGCUGCAUAUUGUGGAAGGGAGGACAUGGUUGCGAUUCUUCUAUCUGCUGGGGCAAAGGCAAAUUUGGUCACUGACCCCACUUCAGAAAACCCGGGUGGAUGCACAGCAGCUGAUCUUGCUUCCAAAAAUGGUUAUGAUGGUUUGGGGGCAUAUCUUGCAGAAAAGGGAUUAGUGCAGCAUUUUGAAGACAUGAACUUAGCUGGAAACGUCAGUGGUUCACUGCAGAUUACUACAACUAAUCCUACUAGCCCGGGGAUAUUUACAGAGGAGGAGCUGUAUUUAAAGGAUACUUUGGCAGCCUAUCGAACAGCUGCGGAUGCAGCAGCUCGCAUCCAGGCUGCAUUUAGGGAGCAAUCACUAAAGGUGCAAGCAGAUGCAGCCAAGUUUUCCAGUCCGGAGGAUGAAGCACGCCAUAUAGUUGCAGCGAUGAAGAUCCAACAUGCAUAUCGCAAACAUGACACGCGGAAAAAGAUGGUUGCUGCUGUUAAAAUCCAACACAGGUUCCACACUUGGAAGAUGCGAAAAGAUUUUCUCAAUUUGCGUCGUCAAACGAUCAAAAUUCAAGCUGUUUUCCGAGGUUACCAAGUGCGGAAACAGUACAAAAAGAUUGUAUUUGCAGUCGGAGUGCUUGAAAAGGCAAUAUUACGUUGGCGAAUGAAGAGGAAAGGUUUCCGUGGUCUUCAGGUUAGUCCAGAUGAAGCUGCGAAAGACCCAAAACAAGAAGAUGUACUUGAGGACUUCUUUAAAGCUAGCAGGAAACAAGCUGAAGAGCGCGUUGAGAGAUCUGUUGUACGUGUUCAAUCCAUGUUCCGUUCUAAACGAGCACAAGAAGAUUAUAGGAGAAUGAAACUAGCUCAUAAUAAAGCCAAUCUGGAAUAUGAAGGGCUUCUUCAUCCUGACACUGACAUGGGUUGACAUAGCACGAGGCAUUGGCUAAUAACAGUUCCCAAGUGGCAAUAAUGGCGAUUAUACAGCCAUAAAUAAGUGGUUGGUUUCUUGAUCAUAAGAUGUAUAUUACGUAAAUAUGUAUAUUCAAGUAGUUGUAAACUUAUAGCUCAGCUACAUAUUUUUACAAGAAUGUGAGCGUCGUGAUUUCAGGUUUGAUCUUGUGCAAUUCACAAUAGCAAAUUUAGUUGCUAUUAGUUUGUAUGCAGUUUGUAGUAUGAUACAGUAGUCCUGGCUUGAGUUUGAUGCAAAUGUUACCAUA